AUGAUUCCGAAUGAGAACUACAACCUAAGCUACGCCUCUGGCCAGUUCGCCGUGGGCAAGCUCGGCUGGGAGUCGGUCACGAUCGCUGGACUCCACGUGCCGAAACUAGAAGUCGGACUGAUUGACUAUGCUUACUGGCCUGGCGGACCAGCAGGAUAUAUAGGCCUGGGAUACCCAGCAAAUGCAGACGACGCCUGGCACGGGAACGACCCGACGAAAGAUGGUCAGCCAGGCCAUGGGAGGAUCCAACAGGAAACCCUUUUCCAGACCAUGAUGAAGGACAAGAUCGUCCCGCCUAUGUUCAGUCUUGCGCUUGAGCGCCCUGUGUCGAACUCCUCGACAGCAGAUCAGGGAUACAUUGCAUUUGGCGGCCUGCCACCGGUUCAGGCCGACGGUCCAUUCACAUGCAGUCCUAUUUUGCUUGAUCCCGAUUUCAGCAACAAGUCUCUCACAGAAUACACCAUCAUCGUAGACGACUUCACCUUCCCAGGCUAUGCAGCACCCAACACUUCGCACUCGCCAGGCAAGACCAAAGGGAAAACGGUCGUUGACUGUGGCUCCUAUCCCAUCCUCGCACCUCCUGAAGUCGCCGAAGCUUACAGCGAGCUAUUCAACCCGCCAGCAAUCUACGUGAAAGACUGGGGCACCUACGUUACCCGCUGCGAUGCGGAGGGUCCCAAAGAACCGUUUAUGAUCGUCAUCAACGGGACCGGCUUUGCGAUCCCGGGAUCUGAUUUCGUCUUUGGUAAUGCAGUCAUGAGCGGGCUCGGGGUUCCACCGGGCAAGUACGAUGAUUACUGCUUCUCUGGCCUGCAAGGGGCAGGCCCAGUGGGGAUCAGCACUUUCCUGCUGGGACGACCUUUCCUGGAGAACGUUGUUGCGGUGUUCGAUGUCGGGGCUAGGGAGAUGCGGUUUGCGCCACGGAAGUAUUGA